GAAGUCCCGCCUUCUUUCGGCGGGGCUCGAGGGUGGGAGGGGCCCUUUUCCGGGAUCGCGUCCUGGAGGGGGAGGAGCUGGCUGGGCUGUGUAGUGAGGGAGCGGCGCUGGGGGGCCCGGCAGAGAGCUCAGAGGUGGGGAGCGGGUCCCCGUGGGGCCAAGUGGGGCGCGGGGAGGCUCUGGCGACCCAGACGAGGCAACUGGAAGGAGAGUCCCUGCGGCGUGGUUGUGGGGGUACGAACGACCGCUCCGACCCCAGCGCUUACUCCCCUGGGGAGAGGGAGGUGGCGGACUCCGGCCCCUCCCCUGCUGUGGCGCUUCCGAGCUCAACUUUAGGUUCUCCCAGGGGAGCAGGGGCCACCUGUCCCGUCCCCGCGCGAGGCCAGUACCGAGAUUGUGUUCUUCCUCCCUCUGCUGUGGUUUGGAGUGGGAAGGAGGAAUUAAACAAACAUUCAUAAUCCGGAUUAUCCGCGGCGAUUUUGGGCCUUCUUCCUCCCCCAGCCAGGCUGCCCAUCUGGGUCCUUUGGCCUUCCCUCUCUCGCCCUCUCUCCUCUGGAAUCCCUCUUGCCAGCCCAGUCUGAAAGGGACAGUGCCACAGUAACUGAGUCUAGAACCAGAAAGUGACAAGUGUGGGAAAGGGAGAGCUCCUGUGAAGGAAGAGAGUUUUCCUUCAGUGUUCCAUGUUGUGCCAUUCCCAGAAUCUUAAAAUGUCAGGGAAACGCAAGCGUGUGGUAUUGACCAUUAAGGAUAAGCUUGACAUAAUAAAAAAACUUGAAGAGGGUAGCUCCUCCAAACAACUCUCAGUGAUAUAUGGGAUUGGUGAAACGACAGUUAGGGACAUAAGGAAGAAUAAAGAAAAAAUUAUAACUUAUGCUAGCAGUUCUGAUUCAACAAGUCUUUUGGCCAAGAGAAAGUCAAUGAAGCCGUCCAUGUAUGAAGAGCUGGACAGAGCUAUGCUGGAAUGGUUUAACCAGCAAAGAGCAAAGGGGAAUCCGGUAUCUGGACCAAUUUGUGCAAAAAGGGCAGAGUUUUUCUUCUAUGCCUUAGGAAUGGAUGGAGACUUUAAUCCUUCAGCUGGUUGGUUAACUCGUUUUAAGCAAAGACAUAGCAUUCGGGAGAUUAACAUCAGAGGAGAAAAGUUAAAUGGAGAUGAAAACGUUGUGGAUGCAUUUUGUAGCCAUUUUAGGGAAUUUUUUAAGAGGGAGAAUUUACAUCCUGAGCAAAUCUAUAAUGCAGAUGAAACUGGAUUGUUUUGGAAGUGCCUACCAACAAGAACGUCAGCUGCUAAGGGUAAAUUCACUGCUUCUGGGCGAAAAUUAAUUGAAGAAAGAGUCACAGUCAUGUGUUGUGCCAAUGCUACAGGUUUACACAAACUUAAACUUUGUGUAGUGGGAAAAGCAAAAAAACCACGUUCCUUUAAAGGUACUGACACCUCAAACCUGCCAGUCUCCUAUUUCAGUCAAAAAGGUGCAUGGAUGGACCUUUCUAUUUUCAGACAAUGGUUUGACAAGAUCUUUGUGCCACAAGUUCGAGAGUAUUUGAGAUCCAAAGGCCUUCAGGAAAAGGCAGUGCUUUUAUUGGAUAAUUCACCAACACAUCCAAAUGAAAAUGUCCUGAGGUCAGAUGAUGGCCAAAUAUUUGUAAAAUAUCUGCCACCUAAUGUAGCCUCAUUGAUUCAGCCUAUGGAUCAGGGUGUCAUAGCUAUAAUGAAAAGGCACUAUAGAGCAGGACUUCUCCAAAACAACUUAGAGGAGGGUAAUGAUCUGAAAAUGUUUUGGAAGAAACUAACAUUAUUAGAUGCUUUAUAUGAAAUUUCAAUGGCAUGGAACAUGGUUAAACCAGUUACUAUUACAAGAGCUUGGAACAAAAUUUUCCCCGGCAAUGAAGAGAAAGAAAGUUUGGACUUCGAUGAAGAAGAGAUUUCGGCAGCUGCUUUAGCCACCAUCUUACAGCAUACACAAGGAUGUGAAAAGAUGGACACUGAUAAUAUUGAACGGUGGUUUGAAGUGGACAGUACUGAACCAGGUUAUAAGGUGUUAACUGAUAGUGAAAUAAUCAGAAGAGCACAGGGCCAAACAGAUGAAUCAAGUGAAAAUGAGGAGGAGGAAAUAGAACUGAUUCCAGAAAAAAAUAUCAAUCAUGCAGCUGCUCUCAAAUGGACUGAAAAUUUAUUGGAUUAUUUAGAACAGCAAGGUGAUAUGAUUCUGCCUGACAAACUAGUAAUUCGCAAGCUUCGGGCCACCAUAAGAAAUAAACAGAAGAUGACAAUGAAUCCAACUCAAUAACAGUAUUUUAAAAUUUCAUUGUCCUGGUAAUGGUAUUUGUGACUAUUAAUCUAUUUUGCAAUAUAGCUUAGUUUAAGUGUUCCAAGUUCUCCGACAUAAAUUCAAGUGCAAAAAUGUAUUCCAAAGCCAUAUAAAUGGUUUGGGGACUAUUUGUUUUAUUUUAUUUUUUAUAUAUUUUAUAUAUUAUUUUUCUUUCCCCCCCUCCAUUUUUGCAGGUAAUCAGGAGCUGAUAUAUAAAUCUGUACCAAUGUUGAGACAUGUACAACUUUUUUGUAUCUGUCACUUUCCCAUUCCUUAUUUUUCCAAGUGGCAUUUCCCUAAGUAUUAAUGGCAAGAUUCUACAAGUAACAAUUACUGAGCACCUUCUUUAUAUCCAUAGUGAUUUUUUUUUUUGCCUAAUUUAGGGACUGCUACAUUUGUCUUCUUUGUGCCAAGUAUUGCCACCAUCUUGAACAAUUGUCUGUUUUGUGUGCUUAUAUAGGUUGUCAGGAUGAGGAAAAAUCUAUUGUAUAGCAUUAGACCCAAAGUAAGUAAUAAUUAUAUUUAAAAAUUAAUUCAAAAUUAUCCACGAUAACAGGGAAUGGUUGUGUGGAUACUUUUUUUUUCUUAAAUAGCUCAAAAACUUGUAGUUAUUCCCUUUUUCAUUAAUGAAGGGAGCAGGAAAAGACGUUCUGGAAAUGUGAAUUGUGGGGUAAUUUUGGAUUUUCUUACUGUCAAAUUGCUUGGGAAAAAUAGACACUCACAGGUGAGAGAACAAGAUUUUCUAUCCCAUCUUUUGGGGGGAAAAUGAGAGUUAUAAAGUAUAUUAUCUUAAAUUUUGCUAAACCACUGGGUUCAUAAUAAGUACAGGGUAUUGUAUAAUGGAAAAUAAAUGGACCUCUUUUAAGUGGACCUGACCAAUUGGAGCAAUGACAGGCAGUUGACUAGUCCAAGAAUACCUAUUAUACAUGAGAUUAGAGAAUAGGUUCCUACCCCUAGAGACCUUCUAUCUUGAUAAUUUGGAGGAAAUGUAUUUGUAUAAUUUUAAAGCAAUCAAAAGGUCCACCAUCCUAGGGCUUUUUGAAUUAUAUAAUCAAAGUUACAAAAAUUUUCUCCCCUUCUUUGUAAGUGGAAAAAGAAAACUUUAAAGGGAAAAGGUGAAGUGUUUGUUUUAAAUAAGCCAUAUAUUUACAUCCUAUUAAUAAAGAAAACAAGUUAUUUUGGAAUGUUCCAGACCAUAAGGAAUUUAAUUGGGGUGGGUAUGAGUGUGUGUGUUUUAAAGACUAAGGAAAGGGAUAUUUCUUUCCUUUGGCUUAUACUUCUUGGCAAUCAGUUUUGAUAAGUUUGCAUAGUGAAAUUGGUAUGUUUACCUAAAUGCUGUUGAAGCAUUCAAGAGACUUAUACCAUAUGAAAUUGUUUUAAGAAGCUUGUAAUUUAAUUGGGUGUCUUUGUAAUUGAAGUUUGUAUUUGCUGGUUUAGCUCUAAUAUGGAUGAAUUUUAAAGAAUGCCCUUGAAUUCAUUAGUCAUUAAGAAUAAUACUUAGCUUUAUCAGCUACAUAUUUUAUCAUCGUUAUAGUGCCUUUCUUAGACCUCUAAAAGCCUCUUACAGACAUUUCUCACUUUCUAUAACUUUCUCACUUUCCAUCUGAAAUUUUCCUGUACUAUAUCUAGGAUUUAAAAUAGGAUCUACAAUGAGAUACUUGUUUUAAAAAUUCUAUCUGUUGCAUGAACUGCUUCAGGUCACAGAAACAAAUAACAGAAUAGUAGUUUUUAAAAAACCUUUCAUUUGUUUGAAAUGAAAAGUCUGUACUAAAAAUCUCAAAAAUUCUGUCCAGGUUUGCCCAUGAUUUCUGACUUUCCUUGUUAGUGAAAUCUAGCCUGUAUUAUUGCCCACCUAGUGGUAAAUAAACAUAUUAAAUGAUGUGGUUUUAAGCUAUUUGGUAUUAAAAUAAGGAAUUAAUUUUCAA